AUGUCUUACCAAAUCGCCUACGACACUACCCGCGCACCACCCCGCGCCGCCGCGCUCGUCGCAUUCAUGGAAGACUUCUACCGCACCAGCGACACCGAGUCUCUGCACGAGAAAUACGUCCAGAGCUUCACCGAAGAUGCGACACUCAUCAUGGGACCUAAGGAAGCCAAGGGCACAAGCGCCGAUCCCGAUUCCGAUUUCCACUUCAAUGCAGAAUAUACAUCUGCGUUGGGUUGUACUCCAGCUAACAAAAUCAACCCCAUAAUAGCAAUUCUCACCCUCCGUCACGGUCUCUGGACACACGUUGCUUCCCGCCGACACACGCCUAUGCAGAUAUACUUCGGCAGCGACGAUGAGAUCAUGUUGUAUGGUGGCGUGAACUAUAGACUCAAGGCCGACCCUGAUAAUGAUGUCUACGUGCCUUGGGCUGGACGGGUUGUGUUCGCGCCCCAGAAGGGGGACGAGGAUAUCAAGAUGCAGUUUUAUCAGGUUUACUUAGAUACCGCGGCUCAGUCGGGAAAGAAAUGA